AUGUCGGACGUAGAAGAGAACAACGCCCCCGAGGUGGCCGAGGAGGUCGAGGUUUCCGCCGAUGCCGGCUCCAAGGGCCAGAUGUCCGUUCUUGACGCCCUCAAGGGUGUCCUGAAGCUCGCCCUCAUGCAUGACGGUCUUGCCCGCGGUCUCCGUGAGGCUUCCAAGGCCCUCGACCGCCGCCAGGCCCACAUGUGCGUCCUCAACGAGGCUUGCGAGGAGGAGGCCUACAAGAAGCUUGUCAUCGCUCUCUGCUCCGAGCACAAGAUCCCCCUGAUCAAGGUGCCCGACGGAAAGCAGCUCGGCGAGUGGGCUGGUCUCUGCGUGUUGGACCGUGAGGGUAACGCCCGCAAGGUCGUCAACUGCUCUUGCGUCGUCGUCAAGGACUGGGGUGAAGAGUCCCAGGAGCGCUCCAUCCUCCUCAACUACUUCCAGACUGAGCAGUAA